AAAGGAAAAAGAAGUAUAAGUUAACCAAUAUAACUAAUAAUCGAAGAAACACACAGUCAACGGUAUACUGGAAACAGCAUGCAGAGAUCAGCCUCGAGUACUUUCACUCAAGUACUUCCCUGGAGGCUUGUCCCCAAGCAUCUGACGCAGGACAUAAUGGCCAUACGCCACACCAAACAUCUAACGCAGGACGUAAUGGCCACACGCCAGUAGGGAUGCGCGCGACUGAUAAUAUAAAAUAA